GUCAGCGUAGCCACCGAACGUUUAGUUUCGGACUCUACAGGCCUCCAGGGAGAUUCUUACCAGACAAGUCGAGAUCCUCUCAAUUGAAUUAGCGGCUUGACAGGCUGACUGUGCCGUGCCUGUUGUCAGCAAGGAUGGCUGCUAUCUUGGUGCUCUGUCUGGCAGUGUGCCUCAGUGGGACGUGGGCUGUGGACAGGGGUAACUUCAAGACCUGUGAUCAGAGUGCCUUCUGCAAGCGUCAGCGAACGUUGAAGCCUGGAGAGUCUCCAUAUAGAGCCCUAUUGGAGACCAUGGAGCUGACCAACACUAGACUCACCCUGCAGCUCAUUAAUGACAACAAUAAGGUGCGUCUGCUGCUGGAGCUCUAUCGUCUCCAGGGGAACAUGACACGGGUGAAGAUUAACGAGCUGAAGCCGCUAAAGCCUCGCUACGAGGUCCCUGACGUGCUCAUCAGGGAGCCACCUACUGAGCCCCUGUCUCUCCUGUCCCAGGACGAAAAUGGGGUGGUGCUAUCCCUGGGGGCGGAGUCUCAGAGAGUCAUCGUCAGCGCUCGGCCCUUCAGACUGGACAUUAUGGAAGGCCGUGAGGUGCUGAUGUCGCUGAACUCGCGCGGCCUGCUGGCCUUUGAGCACCUUAGGAUGCGCAAGGACACUUUCUCCUAUAAAGUAACUAGCACAGUGGCUAGCGUGUGGGAUAAUAUCAAGAGGGUAUUCUCUAGUCAGUCUGACCCAGAGGGUGAGAAGGUAGAUGAGGCUGAUGCAGCUAACCAGGCAGAGACGGUGAAAGAAGAGGAGGAGAAAGAUGAAGCUGGCAUGUGGGAGGAAACAUUUAAAUCGCACUCAGACAGCAAACCUCAGGGUCCAUCUGCUAUUAGUUUAGACUUUUCAUGGCCAGGUGUGGAGCACGUCUAUGGCAUCCCUGAACACGCAGAUAACCUCAGGCUUAAAACAACAGACAAUGGAGAUCCUUAUCGACUUUACAACCUAGAUGUGUUCCAGUAUGAACUGUAUAACCCGAUGGCUCUUUAUGGCGCUGUCCCUGUCAUGCUGGCCCACAAUGCACAGCGAACCACAGGUAUUUUCUGGCUCAAUGCUGCUGAGACCUGGGUGGAUAUCAGCUCCAACACAGCUGGAAAGACUGUGUUUGGGAAAAUGCUGGAUUACGUGCAGGGCUCCAGUGAGACCCCACAGACAGACGUGCGUUGGAUCUCUGAAAGUGGCAUCAUUGAUGUGUUCAUUAUGCUAGGACCGACACCCAAAGACAUCUUCUCUCAGUAUGCCUCACUCACAGGUACCCAGUCUUUCCCUCCCCUGGCAGCUCUGGGCUACCACCAGUGCCGCUGGAACUACAAUGACCAGGAAGACGUGCAGACAGUGGACGCAGGCUUUGAUGAGCACGACAUCCCUUAUGAUUUUAUCUGGCUCGACAUCGAGCACACCGAUGGCAAGCGCUACUUUACCUGGGAUCCGCACAAGUUUGCAACCCCAAAGGAGAUGCUGCAGGGUUUGAUGGACAAGAAAAGAAAGAUGGUUGCCAUUGUGGACCCUCACAUUAAAGUUGACAGCAACUACAAGAUCCAUAAUGAAAUUCGCUCUAAAGGUUACUAUAUCAAGAACAAAGAUGGAGGAGACUAUGAAGGCUGGUGCUGGCCAGGUAGUGCUGGCUAUCCGGACUUCACUCGUGCAGAUAUGAGAGCCUGGUGGGCCAGUCAGUUUGCAUAUGAUCAGUAUGAGGGUUCUAUGGAGAACCUUUAUACAUGGAACGACAUGAAUGAGCCCUCGGUCUUUAAUGGGCCGGAGGUCACCAUGCACAAGGACGCGCUGCAUGGAGCCUGGGAGCACCGUGACGUGCACAAUAUUUACGGUUUCUAUGUGCAAAUGGCCACAGCAGAGGGUCUCAUUCAGAGAUCAGGAGGAGUGGAGCGACCAUUUGUGCUGACCAGAGCCUUCUUUGCAGGGUCACAACGCUAUGGUGCUGUGUGGACCGGAGAUAAUGCUGCUGAGUGGGACCACCUGAAGAUCUCCAUCCCCAUGUGUCUGAGCCUGGGCCUGGUAGGAAUCUCAUUCUGUGGUGCUGAUGUUGGCGGUUUCUUCAAGUCACCCAGCACUGAGCUGCUGGUUCGUUGGUACCAGACAGGGGCUUACCAGCCGUUCUUCAGGGCUCACGCUCACCUGGACACACCCCGCCGCGAGCCCUGGCUGUUUGGCCCUGAAAACACGGCACUGAUCCGUGAGGUGGUGCGUCAGCGCUACACUCUUCUGCCCUACUGGUACCAGCAGUUCUACAACACACACCAGACCGGAGAGCCCGUCAUGAGACCGCUGUGGGUGGAGUAUCCUCAGGAUCCUGCUACUUUUGCUCUGGAUGAUGAGUUCUUGAUCGGGAGAGACUUGUUGGUGCACCCAGUUACGGAGGAGGGAGCGAGGGGAGUCACCGCCUACCUGCCUGGGAAAGAUGAGGUUUGGUUUGACGUCCACACCUUCCAGAAGCACAACGGGGCCCAGAACCUUUACAUCCCUGUCACCAUGAGCUCUAUCCCGGUGUUCCAGCGCGGUGGCUCCAUUAUUCCCAGGAAGCUCCGUGCCCGUAGGUCCUCAACCUGCAUGGAGCACGAUCCUUACACUUUACACGUGGCACUUGACCUCCAGAGAGCCGCAGUGGGCGAGCUCUACAUCGAUGAUGGCCACACCUUCAACUAUGAAAAGAAGGAGUUCAUCCACAGACGGCUGUCUUUCAGCAACAACGUCCUCUCUUCUGUUAACCUGGCUCCAGACACCCAGUUUUCUACCCGCUCCUGGAUUGAACGUGUUGUCAUACUGGGAGCCAGUCAGCCCAAAAAGGUUACCCUGAAGACUGCUGAUGGUCAGGAGAGCAACAUCGAGUUUGAGUUUGACACCUCCAUGUCAGUGCUGACUCUUCGCAAACCUGGCAUGAAUGCAGGGAUAGACUGGACCAUUGCACUUCAGUAACCAUGGAGACAGAAGAUAAGGAGAAAAUGACUGAACUGGACUGAACAGCAGGAGAGAACAGACAUGAGGCGCUGAUACUGACAACAAACUGAGAUCAAGACAACAGGAAGUGAACAAGGAGAAUAAAGAACAUGAAUACACUUACACACUGGUUACGAUUUCAUCCAUCCGCACACAAAAAAACACAUAUCUCAUGUAGACCUGUUAGUAGAACUGAGCCACAUAACGCCAUGUCCCUCCUGUGUUCAGUCACUGUAAUACCUAACAAAAGGGUUACUUCUAGAUAGUUAUGUUUAUCAUGGUUUGUCAAAUAGCAGAAAACUGAGCAACUCAAACCAUGCCAUGGGAAUGAAUAGAUGGGCUUUAGAAAGAAACAUUCAGGAACUUUUUGUUUAAUUAAUGUUCAUUUUGUUGUCUGUGCAGAUCACUGAGGGGGGAUUGUUGCCGUCUAAAAUGAAGGUUCACAUUCAAAGCACAAGCUCCACCUGCUGGUGAUUCCCCAUAAUUAUUUCUUAUUCAUACUCCAAAAAAAGUCAUUCCAUUUGUCCUUAAAGCAAAGCACUUCAAUCAUUUAGAGCUGAGCCUUUCUACCUGCAGCGCUGCUUAUAUUUGGGGAUGGCUUGCCAACAAUCAGCUGUGCAGCUCUUUAAAUUUCCUACUUGAACUAUCCCAGUGCCACAAAAUGGAAACCAUUCAUCAUCUCUUACACCAUUCCCUUACAGUCCACUCUUUUUGGCCUUUUCCUGAAUUUGUGCUGAAUUUGUGAAUCACUGUAAAGGUGAUCAUAUUGUUAAACUGCUGCACAAAUGGGGGAUUUUCAGCCAUUCUUAUGGGCUAACUUUGCAAUGGGAAUCGCUUCAGGGGACUGAACCACUGAUGUUUGUGGAUCAUCCUGUCAAUGUGCUUUCUUUGUUUUAUUGAGUUCUUUUCCCAGAGUUGUUUACUAGAUUAUUUUUAAUGCACUUGAGGAAGAUAGAGGAUCAAAAGUUUGUCUAGAUUAUGAUGUGUUAUUUAGAGUCAGAACAGUGCUGGAUUUCCAGUUUUUCAUUUGGAUUAAAUAAAUAUAUAAAUGCUUAUUAGGCUGUGAUCAGUCAAAUGCUUGAAUGAACUUCUGGAGACUCUGCAUCCUGUCCUGACCAGUCGCUUCAUCUGACUUUUUAAGGGUUCGUUUUUCUAUGAGUUUGUUGAUUAUUUUUAAUGAUCAUAAAUGUACAUGUUGCUACAGUUUUGUCAGCGAUGGCUCAAAUCGGAGGAGGAGGAUGUGAAGGAACAGACUUCGGCUGUCAAUCAAAGUUGUCAGAUGUACUCAAAAAAUGAGACCAAGUGAAAAUAAAGUUGACCAAAUUCAAAACAA